UAAUACAGAUUUGAGCCUCCUUGUGUAACUUUUUAUAUAUUUACACCUCUGGUUACAGUAACUAACAGUAACGUUUAUCACGGGCUGAAAUAUCGCGAUGUUUCAUGAGGCUGAGGGUGUGGCGGGACUGCUUUUAUCUGUUCGUGCUGCAAACGAGCUACAAAACAUUUUCAAGAGGUUUUAUUUGGGUUGAAUAAUUUUUAUAAACUUUAUUUAAACAAUACUUACAAAAACAUCUCAUACAUUAAAAUUCAUGUACAGAUUUAAUCAUCACACCCCGUGCACAGCGCUGUCAGUCCUUUAAACUCAGGGCAGGUGAUCAGGUGAGCAGGUGAUGGCAGGUGAGCAGGUGAUGGCAGGUGAUGGCAGGAAACAUCAUCUUCACUGCAAAUGAGAAGAUUUACCUGCACGGCUUCAUCAGGUGAUCGGCGUCGGCGCCUCGCCUCGAUGUUUCGUCUGAUCGCGUCCUCUCUGUGCCUGCGGUGUCAGCGUGUCCCCGCUCUGCCCGUUAUCCUGCGGCCAUGUGUGACGCUGAGCUCGGCAGAGAACCAGCAGACAGUGGAGGCGCUCUACGACCUCUCUGUGGACAUCCAGAAGGUCCGUAAGCUGAAGAGCUGGGUCCUGCAUCAGAGCCCCGCCUACACUAAGGAGGUGGCCGACCUGCUGAAGGACAUGGGGGCGUCCGGCUCGGUCGUCGCCCGGAUCCUGGCGCUUCACCCUGAGUCUAUCCUUUGUUGCCCGGAGCAGGUGGAGGCUCAGAGGGAGCUGUGGAUGUCCGUGUGCCCCAACCAGAAGGAGCUGGUCAGCAUCAUCGAGAAAUUCCCCGCCUCUUUCUUCACCUCCUCCAGUCACCAUGACAACCAGCGGGACAACAUUGCGUUCUUCCAGAGCUUGAACCUCAACAAGCGAAUCGUCACCAAGCUGAUGGCGAGCGCUCCACUGAGCUUCAGCCGGCCGGUGGAGCAGAACCAGCUGAUGGUGCGGACGCUGCAGCAGGCGUACACAGAACUGGGCGGCAAGGACGCCAACAUGAGGAUCUGGCUCCAGAAGCUGCUGAGUCAGAAUCCGUUUGUCCUCCUGAAGCCUCCGGACGUGCUCAGGCAGAACCUGCUGUUCCUCAGGGACCGCGGCUUCAGCACGGCUGAGCUGCUCCGCCUCCUCUCCAAACUCAGAGGCUUCGUCACCGAGCUGAACCCCGAUAACAUGCGCCGCACGCUGGCCUUCUCCCAGGACGCCAUGGGCUGCUCCGAGGAGGAUCUGCGGGACAUCGUCCUCAGCUGUCCCGCUCUGCUUUACUACCCCGAAGAGAUCCUGUCUGAGCGCUUUAAUGGCCUCCUCAGCGUCGGGGUCAGCAUGUCUCAGAUCACAGAGACCCCCACCGUGCUCGAGCUCACCACACAGAUCAUCAUCUAUCGGUUGCAGCGCCUGAGAUCGUACGGAUAUGACGUAAGGACAGGAAGUCUGCAGGUUUUAAACGGCACUAAGAAGGACUUUGAGGUGAGCUGUGGACGGCUUCAGAUCCGCAGAGAGAGGCCGCUUUUCAACCCGGUCGCACCUCUAAGAGGAGACGACUGACAGAGAAGAAUGAAUCAAAACUGAAUGUUUUCUGGUCAUGUGAUUGUGUACAUCUAAAUUAUAUCACAUUAAAGUGCCCACACUAUAAAGUCACACUCACGUCAAACAU